GCGGGCGCCGCGGGGCGGGCGAGGGAAGAUGGCGGCGGCGGGGGCUGGCGCGGGGCGGAAGCAGGUGCGGCAGGAGGAGCUGCGGCGCCUCAUGCGGGAGAAGCAGCGCCAGAACGCGGGGAAGAAGCGGAUCGACUCGCCCUUCGCCAAGUACAACAGCUUGGGGCACCUGAGCUGCUCCCUGUGCAACGCGCCGGUGAAGAGCGAGCUGCUGUGGCAGACCCACGUCCUGGGCAAGCAGCACCGGGAGAGAGUUGCAGAAUUAAAAGGUACAAAGCAGACAGUGACUGGUUCAGCUGCUGGCACAUCAUCUCAUCCUGUCAAGAGAAAAACUGUUGACACGGAAAAUACAGAGCUAAAGAGAGUCAAAGGUACAGACGAAAAGCCACACCCAUCUACAGCGGGGCUGCCAUCAGAUUUUUUUGAUGAAGCGGAGCAAGGCAGUGCAAAUGUACAGCUUUCCAAGGGUCCAGGUCCCAGUUUAUUGUCAGGAAAUUACGACGACGACGACGACGAUGAUGAUGAAGAGGAGGAACAAGAACAAUCAAGCAAAUCUUCCAUUAUGCCUAAAACUGAAAUUCCACCUCCAACUCAAGAAGCAAUAGCUAAUUCUCUGCCUGCAGACUUCUUUGACAGCAAGACUCCUGCUGCUCCUGUAGUUUCCCAUUCAGGAUCCAUACAGAAAGCAGAGGUACAAGAGAAGGUAGUGGAAAGGAAAGAAAACACUGCUGAAGCUUUGCCAGAAGGUUUCUUUGAUGAUCCUGAAGUGGAUGCAAAAGUGAGAAAAGUUGAUGCUCCAAAGGAUCAGAUGGACAAAGAAUGGGAUGAAUUUCAAAAGGCAAUGCGACAGGUCAACACAAUUUCAGAAGCAAUAGUGGCAGAAGAUGAUGAGGAGGGACGACUAGAUCGCCAGAUUGGAGAAAUUGAUGAGCAGAUUGAAUGUUAUCGCCGUGUUGAGCUUUUGCGUAACCGCCAGGACGAGAUGAAGGAGAAGCUAAAGGAAGCCAUGAGAUUAAGAGCAACACAAGAGAAAGAGGAUGAGGAUAUUGGUAGUGAAGAUGAAGAAGAACUGCAGGAUUUGCUGUCUCAAGACUGGCGGGUGAAAGGGGCUUUGUUGUAGCAUUUCUACAACAUGGUUGAUACUCUUUUUAUCUGUAAUGUUACUUCCAUUGUUAGAAGUGAGACACCUUUGUUAAAUAUUUAUUUAAAGAGGAUUGUGAGAUGGUAAAGAGCCAAGUGUUUUAAAAAAGAAAUCUUUGUAGAUCUAAGUGGUGUAUUACUUGUUGUAAAAACUUUACUUUGCAAAUGUUUUACAAUAUUGAAUGCACCUUUCCUAUUAAAAUUACUGGUUUCUUACCAGAAGUAUUUCAGUGGGAUUAGUAAGUCUAUAAAGAAUCUCUAAGGUUUUGGAAGGAUUAGCCAUAUUUGGUAAUUUUGAGACUUGGCUGUGGCUUAUUGUGUAUAGAAGUAAAGGAUUUGAGUGGUCUACAGAGUUUAUCCAGACUGGGGGGUUAGGGAAAGGAAAAUAUUAUACAUUUAUGUUUUCUGAAAAUUUUUAAGUGCUCUUCUGUCCAUUGCCCCAGCUCCCAAUAAAAUAUGUACAUUUUUUUUCAG